CGCUCAAAGGCAGAAGCUACUUACCGCAACGUCGAACAUAUUGAACUCUUUAAAAAGGACCACAACUACCGGAUACAUUAAAGAAGUCGGAGGACCACUUUAGAUAGUCUUAAUAGUUUUUUUUUCCUUGUUUGUCUACGCUACUUUUUUGUUGUUUCCUCAAACAAGCCAACCGGAACAAAGCACUCGGCGUUUCAGAGGUUACUUCGUAAAGUUCUGAAACUUCCUUCUUGUUGCCGCUCAAGCUUUAUGUAUUUGGAUUUUACUUUUCUACCCUGCCGCACUACUAUGGUCAUAAUGGAGGUUCCCACCAUCGACGGUGCGUCCCUCCGUGUCUUCUUGGAGGACGACGCUCCGUGCUGCCUGGUGCUGGACUGUCGCUCCUUCCUGUCGUUCAACUCGUCCCACAUAUCGGGCUCCACUAACGUGCGCUUUAGCACCAUAGUCCGCCGGAGAGCCAGGGGCGGGCUGGGGCUUGAGCACAUCGUCCCCAACGAGGACACCAGGAACAGGCUCCUGUCCGGGGAGUACCAGUCCGUGGUGCUGCUUGACGACCGCAGUCUGGACUUGAGCCAGGCGAAGAAGGACGGGACACUGAUGCUCGCUGUUACGGCCCUGUGUCGCGACCACUGCGGAGCCAGCGUGUUUAUUCUGAAAGGUGGAUUUGAAUCAUUUUCCACAGAGUAUCCAGAGAUGUGCACCAAGCCCUCCCCUCCACAGGGACUCAGUUUGCCCCUGAGCUCCAGCCGACCCGAGAGCGCCGACCCAAACUGCAGCCCUUGCAACACGCCAUUAUAUGACCAGGGGGGUCCUGUGGAGAUCUUGCCUUUCCUGUACCUUGGCAGCGCCUACCACGCCUCCAGAAAAGACAUGCUGGACAUGCUCGGGAUCACCGCCCUCAUCAACGUCUCCGCCAACUGCCCCAACCACUUCGAGGGCUCCUUCCUGUACAAGAGCAUCCCCGUCGAGGACAACCACAAAGCCGACAUCAGCUCCUGGUUCAACGAGGCGAUCGAGUUUAUCGAUUCCGUGAGAAACAAAGGAGGCCGCGUGUUCGUGCACUGUCAGGCCGGCAUCUCCCGCUCCGCCACCAUUUGCCUCGCCUACCUAAUGCGCACCAACCGCGUCAAGCUGGACGAGGCCUUCGAGUUCGUCAAGCAGCGCCGCAGCAUCAUCUCCCCCAACUUCAGCUUCAUGGGCCAGCUCCUGCAGUUCGAGUCCCAGGUCCUGGCCUCGUCCACGUGCUCCUCGGAGGCGGGCAGCCCGGCCAUCGGCAACGGCAGCACGGUGUUCAACUUCCCCGUCUCCAUCCCCGUUCACACCUCCGCCGGGCAGCUCUCAUUCCUCCACAGUCCCAUCACCACCUCUCCCAGCUGCUGAGAAAGACGUGGGCAGCACAGACUUUUGCUAGGACUUGAACUCUCACCAGUGACUCUGCGCGGGGCACUUCACGAAUCCAUCUGUGGUGAUGCUGGUAUCACUGGGUUGAAUGGGUGCUGUUGUUUGAGGGUUGAACUGACUCUGUGAUCUGCUGGCCGAAUCUCUGUGUGUUGGCCUCAACAUUUCAAAGGGAGAUUUGAUGAUUAUUAUCAGGCAGUAUUGAAGUUUAGCCUCCUAAAUGUGAAAGUCAUCCACAGUUUAUUAACCCAGAGGUUAUUCCUGUAUAGGAUAUUAUUUGAAUAAUCAUUAUUCAAAUGACUGAUUAUUUUUUUCCCUGCUUUUUUUUUUUAUCAAGAAGGCGAUUGCUUUUGAUAAUCACAAUCAUUUAAAGUAAACAAAGCAGAGAGGGGCCAUCAGUUGUCUCAGGAAUGUUGACAUACCCUCUCAAAUGCUCUAUGUCGCUUUCUGCACUGGUCAAAGAAAGCAACGCGUUUCCCAAAAGCGCCAUGGAAGUUACUCCUUCAUUUGACGAACAAUGAAUGUAUCCCCCCUCCCUCAUUUCUCAGAGAAUAUGUGGCAGAAAUCUUCAUGUUCACUUUGAGUUGAAUAGGUUGCCAAUUCAAAUGCAAAUGCCUGCCUUUCAAGACAAGCCGUGAAACCUUGACGAUCCUGACACAUUGGGGAAACCGACCAUAAAAUACCUCAUGUUUCCGUACUGUGUACUGCGGCGAUGAGACGGACAGAACCCCGAAGACUGCUAAAAAUGGGGCCACGUGGUCGUCUGGCUGCAUUCUUCUGACAUAUUUAUUAACUAAAGUAAUAUAUUUCUUUAUCAUAUCUAUUUUUGCAAUGUUUGUGUAAAUGUUGUUUUUAUACGGCUGAAUAAAUCUCAUUUGACUUUUUAUACUCA